UUUUCAAUCCCACGCGUUGGAGUGGGAGAUAACGUGCGCAUGCUCACGUGUGUGUGUGUGUGUGUGUGUGUGCGUGCGGGUGUGUGUGUGUGUGCGUGGGCUGAAGCGACCAGCCUUCCACUCGUCCUGCUUCUUCCUCUCUCCUCUUCAUCUUCUCGUCUCCAGAUACUCUUCCUCCUGCUCCUCUUCCUCCAUCAUCAUCCUCUUCUCUUUUUUUCCCCAUCAGUCAUCAGGAUGGAGAACAAGUCGCUGCGCUGCUGGGAUGGGCCGACCAGCUCCCACAAUACCGUCUGAAGGUCUCCCCGCCGCCAUUCACCUGAGGCGCCCCGACCAGAUCCCGGACUUCGAGGCCGCCGAGCGACCUCCUCCGAGUGGACCGGAUCGGAAACGGAUCGGAAGCCUGAAGCUGUAACGCCGUCAGGCUCGGGAUCAGAUCGCUCGUUGGAAAAGUUUGAUGGGAGCGCUGCCAAAAGCCACAUGCCUCUGAGUCCGGCUGCUGACACCAAACAUGAUCGCCCACGCCAACAGGCGGUUACUAACGGCAACCCGACAGGCUCUACCGUUGCCCGGGACGCCGCCGCCGAGGACACGCCCUCUGGAAACAGCAUCGUGGUCCGCAUCGGCAUCCCGGACCUGCAGCAGACGAAGUGUUUGCGCCUGGACCCAGAGUUACCCGUUUGGACCAGUAAGCAGAGGGUUCUGGUCACCUUGACUCAGUCUCUCUCGGAUGUUUUGAACUAUGGUCUCUUCCAGCCGGCGUUCAACGGCCGAGCUGGCAAGUUUCUGGACGAGGAGCGACUUUUGAAAGAGUACCCUCUCCCCCCCAUCACGCCCAUCCCAUAUCUGGAGUUUCGUUACAAACGCAGAAUUUACACGCAGAGUUACGUAGACGACAAGCAGCUGGCCAAGCUGCACACCAAAGCCAACCUGAAGCGCUUCAUGGAACAUGUCCACCAGAAGAAUGUGGAGAAGGUUUCCAAAUGGCUGGAAAAAGGUCUCGAUCCCAACUUCCACGACUCGGACAGCGGCGAGUGCCCUCUGACCCUGGCCGUCCAGUUGGAGGAGAGCUGCGAGCUCAUCAAAGUUCUCCGCAGCGGUGGCGCUCACCUGGACUUCCGCACCAGGGAUGGUAUCACCGCUCUGCAUCGGGCCGUCAUGUGCCGCAACAGCGCCGCUCUCACGACCCUGCUGGACCUGGGAGCUUCUCCGGGCUACAAGGACAGCAGGGGGCUGACUCCCCUCUACCACUCUGCCAUGGUGGGUGGCGCCCCCUACUGCUGCGAGCUGCUACUGCAGGACCACGCCACAUUAGGCAUGACUGACGAGAACGGAUGGCAGGAAAUCCACCAGGCGUGUCGCCAUGGAAACGUGCAGCACUUAGAGCACCUGCUGUUCUACGGCGCUGACAUGAGCUCCCAGAAUGCAUCGGGAAACACGGCGCUGCACCUCUGCGCUCUCUACAAUCAGGACAGUUGUGCCAGAGUGUUGCUCUUCCGAGGAGCCAACAAGGACAUCAAGAACUACAACAACCAGACUGCCUUUCAGGUCGCCAUCAUCGCCGGGAACUUUGAUUUGGCAGAAAUCAUCAAGAUCCACAAAGGUUCUGACGUUGUAGUUCCCUUCCGAGAAUCUCCGUCGUACACCAAGCGCCGCCGCCUGGGAACCAUCAGGUCCCCGGCAGGAAACGGUCUGUCGUCACCGCGCUCUCUGAUUCGCUCGGUCAGCGACAACACCCUGGAAAGCCCCGCCUCCUCCCCCGGUCCGUCCAUGCAAAGCUUGGAAGCGCACCUGGACACGCACACGCACUCGCUACGCCGACACGCGCGCCGACUCAGUCCGAGUGGCGGACAUGUGGAGAGCAGCCCCCCGUCCUCGCCCCCCCUCACCCCACAGUUGAGGAAGAAGAGGCUGUACAGCGCCGUGCCGGGACGCACCUUCAUCGCCACGCGUUCCCAUGUACCCCAGGGUUCCGGAGAGAUCCAGCUGCACCGCGGCGAGAGGGUGAAAGUUCUGUCCAUCGGCGAAGGCGGAUUCUGGGAAGGAAACGUCAAAGGAAGAACUGGCUGGUUUCCUGCCGACUGCGUUGAAGAAGUUCAGAUGAGACAGUACGACCCCCGACUGGAGACUCGGGAGGACCGCACCAAGAGACUGUUCAGACAUUACACGGUGGGAUCGUACGACAACUACACCUCCUACAGCGACUACGUGAUCGAGGAGAAGAUGGCCGUGCUGCAGAAGAGAGAGAGCGAAGGAUUCGGCUUUGUCCUGCGGGGAGCGAAAGCUGAGACCCCCAUCGAGGAGUUCGCCCCCACACCGGCGUUCCCCGCAUUGCAGUACCUGGAGUCUGUUGACCAGGGCGGCGUGGCCUGGAGAGCGGGUCUACGCACCGGGGACUUCCUCAUCGAGGUGAACGGCGCCGACGUGGUGAAGGUUGGCCAUCGCCAGGUGGUGGCACUCAUCCGGCAGGGCGGCAGCCGCCUGCUGAUGAAGGUCGUGUCCGUUUCCCGCAAGUCGGACGCCAAUCUUAUCAGGAAGAAAGCCCCUCCUCCUCCCAAGAGAGCCCCCAGUACUUCGUUGACACUACGAUCCAAGUCCAUGACUGCUGACCUGGAGGACAUAGCCAGGAGGAGGCGCUUUGAAAAACUGGACGACAUGUUGGCGGGGAACACACAGGAAGUGGUUCUGCGGUCCCGGCCCUCCGACGACUUCAGGGCGGCCACGGUAAAGCAGAGGCCCACCAGCCGGAGAAUCACUCAGGCCGAGAUAAAUUCAUUGUUUGAGCGUCAGGGUCUGGUUCCGCCGUCGGGCCCCGAGAAAAGCACCAUGGCGCUUCCCAGAGGAAUGUCCAGAACCAAAAGUUUUGGCACCCCUGAGGACGAUCGCAUCUCAGCUCUAAUCCACGAAAGUCGCUUUCCUCGGAGCUCCUCUCUGACUGACAGCUUCAUCCCGCCGCCUCCCCAGACGGCGCCGCCCCCUCCUCCGUCCCCGCUCUUCCUCCUGGACUCAGGGCCUCCUCCCUCCUUCCUUCCCCCUCCUCCCCCCGCCAGAGGGGAGGGACUGACCCGGUCCAGCUUCAAACCGGGGUCCGAGCCCAGGCUUCAGGAGCUGUCGGACACGCCGUCCAGGAGCCACGCUGAGCGUCAGAGAAAGGCGCGCUCCAUGAUCAUCCUGCAGGAUACGCCGCCUCAGCUGCAGCCAGAGAUGCACUCCGCCGCCAUGCAUCUUUCCUCCUCGCACACCUCCACGCUGUCUCUCCACACUGGCGCCCUCGGACACUCGCCGCUGUCACGCCGCCGAGGACGACCCAUCGAAAACCCUUACGCCAAUGUGGGACAGCAGGCCCCCCCGGCCAAACCUCAGAGGAGGAAGUCGCCUCUCCUCAAACAACUUCCUGUGGAGGAGCAAGGCCUCAGAGACCAGGAUGCAAAGUCGGAGACGAGUGCCCCCGGUAGCCCCAGCAGGGCAGAGCUCUACCAGCAGCAGGUUCUGUCUGAGCGCGCUCGCGUCCACGGCCGCCGCUCCUCCCUCUUCCUGUCCGUAGAGGGCGCCAUUUCCGACAACCAAGCGCCUCCUCUCCUGACUCAGAGUCACUCCAUGGACGACCUGGGCGAGCUUCCUCCUCCUGCGCCAGUCCUUUCACCCUCACCCACCCCGCACACCUUCCUGCACCCGCUCACCGGCAAGCCUCUCGAUCCUUCGUCUCCGCUCGCCCUGGCUCUGGCCGCACGAGAACGAGCGCUCACCGCCCGCACGCCGAGCCCCGAGCCACGAACCAAACACGCCUCGGCUUCCACCACGCCCAUCCCCACCCCGGCCGCCAGCCCGGAGGGUCGCCAUAAGCGCACCCCCGUCCCCACCCCGCAGAGCAGCCCCGAGCCUCGCUCCAAGCGCACCACCCCACAGACCAGCCCUGAGCAGCGGAGCAAGCGCACCACCCCUCAGAGCAGCCCUGAGCUCAGGCACAAGCGCAUAACUCCGCCUCUCUUCCCUGAUGGACAGGUGGAGCGUCCCGAAGCUGAGGGCGGCGUUACGUCCCCCGCGGGGCCCUCCCCUGAACGCUGGAGGCCCGUCCCACUGGCCAACCUGGCCAAUGAGAGCCACUCGGCUGUGAUUGACAGGCGUAGAAGUCUGACUAUUGGGAGCUCAGAGGAAGAAGGCGGUGCCUAUACAGUGACCCUCCCACCCGCGUUGUUGUCAUCCAGUGACGAGGAGACAAGGGAAGAGCUACGGCGGAUCGGUCUGGUGACACCGCCCCCUGGUUUCGCCGCCCCUCCGUCCCCCCUCUCUCUGACCCCACGUCGUGGCGGUGAGGGCGACACAGGGGAUGAUGACAAGGAGCCUCGUGAUGGCUCGCUCCCUCCCUCCAUCACCUUGGCGUCGCCCCCCGCCCCGCCGUCGCCCUCCUCGCCACCCGCCGGCCACCCCUCCUCGGCCCUCAAACCCCGUCUCCGCUCGCCCAUUGGCCGUGGCCGCUCGGCCCUCAGGGACCCUCUGCUCAAGCAGUCUUCUGACAGCGAGCUGCUCCCAUCCUCGCCCGCCUCCGCGGCCGCUGCCCGCCAGCCGCGGUACCUCUUCCAACGCCGCUCCAAGCUGUGGGGAGGCGGCGGCGACGAGGAGGGCCGGCCCGCGGCGCUGGGUGGCCAAGGGUCAGCCUCGGCCCUGGAGUUGAGCGGCAAGGCCGAGUCGGGCCUGGACCUCGCCAACAGACUCCACCUCCUCAACAAAGAUAGCCACUCCCUGGGGGAGGAGCCCAGCCCCCUUGACCCUGGACGCAGGUCCCCAGUAGGUGGGGCCAGAUGUGUGGAGAGUGGAGAGAGCAAAUCGUUGUUCUCCAGUCUGGGCGAGCUGCACACCAUCUCCCAGCGAGGAUACGGCACCACCUACACGGUCCGACCGGGAAGUCGCUACCCCGUCACCCGCCGCAGCCCCUCCCCCUCCCCGUCUCCCUCCCCCUCCGAUAGGCCGUCGGGCCUGGGCUCCUCCCCCUCCCCCUGCUCCGAGCGCCCCGACCUGAGCUCGGGCCGCGCCCUGACCAUCCUGAAAUCGUCCAGCCUCAGCCUGCCGUCGGAGCCCAAGGAGGUCCGCUUCGUCAUGCGCAGCGCCAGCGCUCGAACCCGCUCCCGCUCGCCCUCGCCCUCCCCUCACGCCUCCCCGUGCCCAUCGCCGGUCCUCAGUGGCCCCCUGCUGGCGCUCAGACCCUGGAGGCAGCGCCCGCUCAGCUUGUGGAACAAGUACGACGUGGGCGACUGGCUGGAGAGCGUCGGGCUGGCCGAGCAUCGCCAGCGCUUCCAGGAUCACGAGAUCGAAGGCUCGCACCUGCCCGCCCUCACCAAGGACGACUACGUGGAGCUGGGCGUCACCCGGCUGGGCCACCGCAUCAACAUCGAGCGUGCCCUCAGACAACUAUUGGACGCUGCCACUUGACCACUGUCACCGCCAUAGGUCUACUCGCUAUUUUUGUCAGCUCAGCUCUUUGAUCGCCGCCAUUGAGCAUUCGGGUGUUGAAACCUUUAAAUCCUGAAAAGAAUCGUUGACGAUGGACAUGAUCGAUUGUUUAUGAUCGAUGGACAAGAUUCAACACCUCCACUUUUACCCCAAAAAUGGGUGUUGAACCAUUUAUCUGGGCAAAGUGGGUGUUGAAGAAUUUCACCUGGGAAAAUGUGGGUGUUCAAUUCUUUCAAUCACGACCAUCGAUGGACGUGACCGAUUGUCAUGAUCAAUGGUCCUGAUCAAAAGGGUUCAACACCCACACUUGUGCAAGUGAAAUUAUUUUUUGGGCGAAAUUGUGGGGAUUGAAUCCUUUCCAUCGAUCAUCAAUGGACGUGAUCGAAUAUCUUGAUCGAUUGAUGUAUGAGUGUUGAAGAAUUUUGCCUCGAAAAGUGUAGGUGUUGACGACAAUCACGACAAUCGAUCACGUCCAUCGUUGAACCCUUUCGAUCCGUCAAUGAGGAUGGUCGUGAUCGAAAGGAUUCCACACCCACACUUUUCCCGUGAAACAUAAUUAGGAAAAGUGUGGGUUUUUAACCCUUGCGAUCGUGAUCAGUUUCAUUCGUCAGGUCCAUCAAUCAUGACCAUCCAUCACCAUCGUCCAUCACGUCCAUCCAUCGUGAUCAUCCGCCACGUCCAUCGAGCAGUCUCGCAUCUCACUGCGCCAGAAGACGUUCAACAAGUAAGCCACAAAGCAAAACAUCCUCCCAGUCGCUUCCUUUGUUAUCCCCGAUGCUAACAUGUUAGCUUAGCUGCGUAAGUAUUAGCGAUCAAAGAGCUGGUCUGAUUUUUUUUGUUUUUCCUCCAACAAUUAUUAUAAUUCCUGAAGAAUAUUAGUCUUGAUUUUGAAUAUUUCUGAAUAUAAUGGACUCUAUGCACGCAGCACUUCUGCAAGGUGGCGUGUUGAAGUCCCUGUAGAGUGAAAAUAAAAAUGCCUUAUAAAUUGGACAUAGCACAGAGAAGUGUUGUCAACGACCUUGCCAAAUUGGAAUGAUUAAAAAAAAACAUUUUCCCCACAAAAGUUUCCCCCUCCUCGCUCACCCGCCUUUCUCCCCGUGACGUGUGCGCACUCACGGGCAGCAACGAGGCACUCUAAUUCAACUACGCCGGCCUGAAGGCCCUGUCCACACGCUUGCUGUCAAGUCCGACGAGUUCUCCCCUGCCCCCUUCUCGCCCUUUCAACUUUCUAUGCGUGAUGUGCGUGCACUCACAGCUGACAACUAGGCGCUCUAAAGCGACUAUGCCAGCACAAAGCCCCUGCCACGUCCAAAGAAUGAGGGAAACUGAAAUGGUGACGAGUUCAACGCCAAAUCGCCACAAUUGAGUACUUCACAGUUCUUAGUCUUACGUUUUCACGUUUUCAGCAUUUCUCUUCAAACGUGUAGAACGUGUAUGAAGAAACAAAUCGCCGAGUUCACUUUACAGGGUCGUUCACGACAGAGGUUAUUUUUCAUUCAGAUGCCCUCUGACCUUUCCACCAAAAAUGCGUUAUGGCUUGCCGUGCAUAAGGUCCAUUAUCCUCAUUUAGAUUUUCUGAGCAAUGACGUGCUAGUGUUGACUUUAUUCUACUUUCACUUUUGAUUUGACAAUGAGUUGAAUGCCCUCGUCACCGUGGCGACGUGCAGGAGUUCUUGAUGACUUGUCAACCAGUGUGCGCGUGUGUAUGUGUGUGUGUGUGUGUGUGUGUGAUACGUGUUGAUUGGACAUGGUGCUACAUGUUGGAAGCCAUCUGUACAGGAAGUAACUUCAUCAUCUUUAACCCAAUCGCAGCAAAUCAAUCAAUCGCAACGACAAAAAAACUAUAACAAUCAAAGAUUUGGGCGUCAAGGUCGUUCGAGGGGUUUCCACUCUGCCAUGAGGUUUUUCUUUUUGUUUCUUUUUUUAACCUCGCCAUCUGUGGAGAUUUCGCGAACAUUUUCUUCUAGCAUCCUCGUCGCGCUAGUAAUGGGAAGGAUUGCUCCAGCGAUCGAUCCGGAAAGUAUUCCACGGUGUGAACAUUUUUCGAAGACACACGAGCGCAAUCUGAAACAUAUUCACAGGAAAAAAAAGUUACCAUCAAUUAUUCCACCACAUACAUACCGAUACAAAACCUUUCUUUCCUGUUGAAACAACAGCAACAUUUUAUUCCAAAAUGGAAUUUAUUCACUUCUUGUCCUAAAAAUUGUACACAAAACACCCCUUAAUAAUUAUGAAUACAUUCUGUCUGCACUGAAUGUGUAUUUAUCACCUUUUAGUAUUAUUUGUACGAACUAGCGCGUGAGCUAAUUUUAGGGCACGCCCUCAACAUGAAAGCAGCUAGCUCAGCGCAAGAAAUCACACAUGGACGCAAGCUAAUGCGCGGAUGUGCUAACGGGCGCUCACUUCAACAUAUAAACAUUAGGUUGUAGACUAAAGAUAGAAAAUGUAGCUAAAUAGUUAUUCCUAAGUCAAGAAUAAGCAAUAGACUGCUAAGUGGUGAUGAAGUCAUCAUGUUUGUUAUGUAAGCACAUUCCAGUAUUUAAUGAAUUGAUUGAUGGAUUAUUGGACGGCUUUGAUGCUUCUUUGUGCUCUUUUCUUUCUUUGGACACACACCAAACAUGUUGUCACGUUUCUAAUAAAGGCUCAUUUACUACGACAA